UACAUUAGCAGAAAGAGAGACACACAUGUGUGAUUCUAAAGUACAGUUGGUUUCUUACUUUCUCCCAUAUGAACUAAAUCUCAGUAUGGUCUGCCAUAUCUCAUCUUGGCUUUUGAUAUUUGAUCUGGAGCAAAAAACAGACUGUUUGAAAAUUACACAAAGCAGUUGUAUAAAACAGACUAAGAUGGAUUGCCUUGUAGAAACUGCAAACCCACAUUCACAGUUGCAUUGUGACAUUCUACUCACAAUUUGAGGCACCAUCAUCACUGCCUGCUGUACUACUUUGUUCAGCAGUGCAAGAAUGUGACUCAAAGGACAGACAGGGUCGAGUACCUGAAAUUUGUGUGUAAUAAUCUAAGACUUAAACUGAAGUUUUAACUUGGACAUACAAACAAUAAAGCCCCUAAAUCUUGCAUGCCAUUUAAUCGGUAUGUAGCCAUACUAUUCUGUCACUCAGAGAUACUUGCGCUUUCACUCUUGAAACAUUACCAUAUCCCAGAGUUCCCAGCGGCAUUUAAAAAUGGCGACGCCCGUUUCAAAAUAACGUUAAUGGAUAACGGGACGCAAAAUCCAUUUCAAUUAAAACGUCCAGAACCAUGGAAAGGGCCACCGAUGCAAUGAGGCUCCUAAUCGUGGGUUGUCGACGACUGAGAAGAAACAUGCUUCUCAAUCCACCCUCGAGUGUGAAUGCGGCGCCCAAACGCACAAAGCUUUCCAGCACAAUGGCGAGUCGGCGGCUUGUGUGCGGCUCGUCGCCCGAAGUGCUGGAGCGAGUGCGCGGCCACGUGGAGGUGAGGGAGGACUUCAUCAGCGAAGAGGAGGAGCGGGCUCUUCUCCAGGAGCUGGAGCCGGGGCUCAGGAAGAAACGCUACGAGUUCGACCACUGGGACGACGCAAUCCAUGGAUACCGGGAGACGGAGCGUUUGGAAUGGGGCGUCGCGUGCCGUCCUAUUCUGGCGCGCGUGCGCGGUGCGGCCUUCCGAGAAGGAAGCGCGUUGCUCGGCCCCGUGCAUGUACUGGACCUGGACAAGGCUGGGUACAUAAAAGCACACUUGGACAGCGUUAAGUUCUGUGGCAGCACCAUUGCGGGACUGAGUCUGCUGUCGGACAGCGUGAUGCGACUGGUCAGCGAGGACAACACAAAGGACUGGGUAGAUCUGUUGUUGCCUAGGCGAUCCUUGUACAUUCUCAGGGAUCAUGCAAGAUUCAAGUUCACACAUGAGGUGUUGAAAGAUCAAGAAUCAUUCUUUGCAGGGGGGAGAAUACCCCGGCAUCGCCGAAUCUCUGUCAUCUGUCGAAACCUUCCUCUCUCAGCAGAGUAUCAGUUGAUGCUUUGCUCCAGAGAAAGCAGGCUAAGAAGAAAAUUUGCCCUCACAUCAUUUUCACAGCACAGUCUCAGCACCAUGUGUUGCUUAUUGAAGCAUCAUCUGUGUUAGCUGCCUCUGAAUAACUGUCACUUUUUUUGUAAGUUGUGGAUGUCAGCAUGAGCUUUUAACACUAACCUGGGCAGUGUUAAAGGACAGGCAGGACACCAACAGGUAAACACACAAUAUCUGCUAAUAUCUACAGUAGCUGGUCCCAACUAAAAUAUCCAAAUGCAAAAAGACAUCAUUUUCUACUGGUCCAUCUACCAGAGUUAAAUCUCUACAAAUACAUAAGAUUCACUUCAUGCACAACUGUUUCCAUUCACAUGAAUUUUUGCUUUCUAUGUUU